GUAAUUGAUAAAAAUGAUUGAUUCUGUUGACAGUAAAUCAGUGAUAAAGGUUUUAAUUCCCCAGAUUAAAUAAAUUAAACUCAGUGAGUGGUGCGAUACGUUGGGAAAAUGAGGAAUUAUGUGUUAAUUUUAUUAUGUGUUAUAUCUUUUUGUAGAGGUCAAUAUAUAUCUGGUGGUAACCCCACAACAAUUAGCACUUACCCCUUCGCCGCAUCCCUACUCACCAACUCAGGCUCUGGAACCAGUUUUCAAUACGCGUGUGGAGGAUCCAUUCUCACUGCCACUGCGGUUUUGUCGGCGGCGACCUGCUUUUAUACUGAUGAUGACAUCGACGAGCCAGGCUGGUGGCAAGUAAGAGCUGGUUCCUCCAAUGCGAAUUCCGGUGGAACAGUAGUCCAGGUCGUCCAAAUCACCCCACAUCCUGACUUCAACCUGCUGACCUUGGACUAUGACUUGGCUGUGCUGAGAACUGAACCUAUAACCUUACAACCUGGGGUAGCCGAAGCAGCCAGGAUAGCUGGUGGUGCAUUCCAGUUUGCGAAGAACCAAAGAGUGUUGGCUGUUGGAUGGGGGUCUUCUUUGGCAAGUGCCCUUGUUUUAAUAGUCAUCACCAAUCUAACUACUUACUUACUUAUAUUUAAGGAUAACUUACCAGGCGAGCUCACCCAUGUCCAGACCUUUGCCAUAGAUCAGGACGUAUGCGCAGUGCGAUACAAUGAUUUUGGAUUUGAAAUCACCGAUAACAUGGUCUGUGUUGGCUGGCUGGAUGUAGGAGUUCAUGGACAAUGCCCAGAGGGUGGGGCAGGCAGCGCUCUGGUUGUGGACGGUGUGGUGGUGGGGGUGUACUCCUGGUCCCAGGGCUGUGCCACUCUCCGGUACCCUAACAUAAAUACGCGACUGGCUCCUCAUUGGAGAUGGAUCCUCGCUGUAGGCAUUGCAGCCAUUGACUGAUUAAAAAUGUAUUAUUUAUUAA